AUGCGGCUUGUACCACUGCCGCCACACCUGGCCGGACGCUCUUUUCACGCGCAGCAUCGGACACCCGUCAUACCACAGCUGCCUCUGGGGGACACGUCUCCGGAGUCAACGACCGGCGUGCUGGUGGGUUACCUUCUGCACCGCCACCCGGUGGUGAAGCACACACUGCACCCGCUCGAGACGGAGAUGAGUUUCUUGCUGGAACGCGAGCACCAGCGGUAUUGUAGACACGAGGCGUCGGAGUCCGCCACGCACUUCAUGGGCCAACGGGGGCUCUCCAUCGACAUCAUGAACCGCACUGACCCGCAAGAGACAAAAAGCAACUUUUUUGGUCUGGACCUCUAUCAGGAUGCCAUGCGGGUAGUGCUGCGACGUUACAAACCAGAGAAGCGAGUGACGCCCCACGAUCUAUGGAAUCCCGCAGAGCUCGGGGACGGCGGCCCUCCCUCCCGUCAUUCGAUUCAUCGCAAGUUAGACGACUACCUUUACCUCAUCGUGCAGGAAGCAGCAAGCGGCAAGUGGACGGUGCCGCAGACCCUCCUCAAGGCACGGGAAACACUUCGCAUGGGCGUAGCCAGGGCGAUGGCGCAGCACAACAGCGAUGCCUUGGAUAGUUACGUUUGGUCAAAUGCGCCGCAGGCGACGGUGCUGAACACCGUUGAAAACACUCGCCUCUUUAUAUAUGCGGCAACGUAUCUGAUGGGACGGCCCAAAUUCUCCGAAUUUGAGCCGGUGCUGAAGGACCACGCGUGGGUAACACGGCACGAGAUGCUUCAAUACAAACAGGACUUUCACAGUACCGAUCUACUCGAGGCUCUGCUUGACAUUUCUGCUGAUAGCACCUUUGAGGGGUGA